AUGUUGGGUCCCCUGGAACUACCCGUCUUCCCGUCUUGCUAUGACUGUCUCGCAUGGUCCGCAGACGGGGAGCUGGCCAUCGCGGCCGGAGAAUACAUCCAGAUUCUGACGCCCAAGAACCCCGCGGAGCACGACUCCACCCAAGCCAUCAACAACUGGCAAUCGACGCGCUUCCGCGUAAACGUGUUCACGAACAACGAGUGGCCGACCAUCUUCCCGCAGAACCGCGACAACUUCUCGCUAGGAGCGGAGCAGUCCCUCAGCACGGUCGUCGCACUGGCCUGGUCUCCUCCCGGCCUGGCCAAGUACAGACGCUGCGUGUUGGCGGUCCUGACCUCUAACCUCCUGCUUUCGCUGUACGAGCCCGUGGGGGCCCAGGGGAAAUGGACCCGGGUCACCAUCGUCAACACCAUUCUGAAAGAGCACUUCCAAUCCGUCGUGAAAGAGGAAGCUCUCGGUCUAAGGAAGUCUAAUAUUCGAUCUUUUGCAUGGUCUCCGCCGCUCAAGGUACCAGUCACAGAUAUCGGUCCUCACGCCAUCGCGCCGGUGGAAAGUCGCUGGGGGUUCCAUCUUCUGUCCAUUGCAAACGACGACAACGAUGUCAUUUUCCUCCGCACGCAGAGCGCCCCGACAGAGCCUUUAUCGUACACGGCGGAGGUUUUGUCCGUGACGCCUAUCCAUGACGACUCCAUUUACCCGCAGAUCGACCCCUCGUCCAUCUUCGCGACGGUCCUGAAAUCCAAGACCAAGAUCCUGUCAAUCGCCUGGGGGCCGUGGCUUCUUCCGUCCACCAAAAAGCAAAAGUCCGUCACGGGCAAUCUGGCGGUCGUCUACGGCACAAAACUCAAGGUUAUGCAGCUGGAUGUAGACCUGGCCUUGCUCAGCCAAGGGUCGGAUGCCGGAUCAAUAGCCAGCUCCAGAGAAAACACCGCUAUAUGUCACCCCGAUAUGGAUGGGUACCAGAUCACGGGACCGUUGAAGUGGUUUCACAAGGACCACUCGAAAACCAUAUUCCUAUCCGCCGGCUCCCUCACCGGCCUCCUAUCAAUAAACCUCCCCAUCGACUCCUACCGCGGCAAAAAGUCAGGUUCCCGCCAGAUCCAGCUCCAACAACUACCCUUUCACGAGACCCCCGCACACGAAGACGACGACGCACCUCGACACCUAGAACCCAUCACCGCAAUGACCAUCACAAUGGACGAAUCCCAAAACCCCGUCCUCCACCUCGGCACAGCGGGCGGCUACACAGCAUCCAAGCCCCUCGACCCGGGCUCCGAAGAACAACUCUCCGAAGUUCCCUGGAACAAACACCUCGACGACAUCCGCGAGAAAUACGACUUCGACCGGGACCUUGGCGGGCUGGCCGUGGCUCGCGUCUGGGGAAUGGCAACCUACAGGGAAAUGUCAGCGGUGGGGAUUACCGUGCACCCGGGCGACAUGGUCGAGUACCGUACCGCCGCGGAGGAGCGACUAACAAUCAUUGUCUCCGGACCGAACGAGUCCCAACCCGAUGUAUCGCCCACCACCUCGCAGGAUAAACGCGAAGCAGCCCUGUCAUACAUCCUACACUCUGACGACGAAGAGCAAGAUCGUCCGCCUUUGUCUCAUAGAAUCCUCUACGCUGCUGCGUGCGCCACGAUCAUCGAUUCGGAUAACGAGGAUCUACAAGCCCAGGCGCAUAAAGUCCUGGUUCGGCUGGCGACAGUCACUGGCGCGGAUCUGAGCGAGGAGCUGUCGAAGUGCGCUGGGCCUAGAGGUGCCAUUGCAUCGAAAUCGGGGGACAUGCUUCAGGGCCCGGGGAUGGGGAUGUUUGAGCGGUGUGAUAUCUGCGAUGCGGGGGUUGGGUGGUACUCCAGCGAGGAGGCGCAGUGUGCGUCGGGACACGUCUUUGUCCGGUGCAGUUUGACGGCGUUGGCGAUUCAGGAUCCCGGGUUGUCGAAGCUCUGCGCGUCCUGUGGGCGGGAGUAUUUGAAUGAGGACGAGAUUGAUUCAGCCGAUACGGAUCUACAGAGUAGUUGUCGGAUGCUGUUUGAUGCGUUCGAUACGUGCGUCUACUGUGAUGGGAAGUUCAGAUGCUAA